CCGACGACACUCCCGCGCGCACACGCCUGGGGCAGGAGCCGGCCUCCUGCGCAGCUCCCCUCGGCCGCUGGGGGCCUCCGCCGGCCUCCAGGUCCCCUCCUCGCCGGCCCGCGCGUCACAUCUGGCCGCACAUCUGCCCGCCCCUCCCAGCGCGGGGUCCCGAGUGGGCGCGGCGCGGAGGCUCAGCCAGGGGUCUGGGAAGGCGCUGCCUCGGGCUCGGUCUAUGAGGAGCACCGGGGUCUGCCAUGGGUCGGCGGCUGCUCCGGGGCCUGUGGCCGCUGCACAUCGUCCUGUGGACGCGCAUCGCCAGCACGAUCCCACCGCAAGUUCAGAAGUCGGGGUCAGAGCGACAAAUCAUCAGAAGGGAUUUAGCUGCAGAGCAAGUGCCUAUGACUGAUAUGGAAGUGGAGGCCCGGAAAGAUGAAACCAUCUUCUUAAGCUGUAAUAGGACCAUUCAUUCACUGAACCUGUUUAAUAAUGACAUGAUGGCCACCGAAACGAAUGGUGCAGUCAAGUUUUCACAACUCUGCAAAUUUUGUGAUGUGAGAUCUUCCACCUGUGACAACCAGAAAUCCUGCAUGAGCAACUGCAGCAUCACAUCCAUCUGUGAGAAGUCACAUGAAGUCUGUGUGGCCGUAUGGCGGAAGAAUGACGAGAACAUAACACUAGAGACGGUUUGCCAUGACCCUGAGCUCCCCUACCAUGGAUUUAUUCUGGAAGAUGCUACUUCGUUGAAGUGCAUUAUGAAGGAAAAAAAAGUGCUUGGCGAGACUUUCUUUAUGUGCUCCUGUAGUGCUGAUGAAUGCAACGACCACAUCAUCUUCUCAGAAGAAUAUGCUGCAAGCAGUCCUGACUUGUGGUUAGUCAUAUUCCAAGUGACAGGAGUCAGUCUUCUGCCGCCUCUGGGAAUCGCCAUAGCUGUCAUCAUUAUUUUCUACUGCUACCGUGUUCACCGGCAGCAGAAGCUGAGCCCAUCCUGGGAGAGUAGCAAGCCACGAAAGCUCAUGGAGUUCAGUGAGCACUGUGCCAUCAUUCUGGAAGAUGACCGCUCUGACAUCAGCUCCACAUGUGCCAAUAACAUCAACCACAACACGGAGCUCCUGCCCAUCGAGCUGGACACACUGGUGGGCAAAGGCCGCUUCGCUGAGGUUUACAAGGCCAAGUUGAAGCAGAACACUUCAGAGCAGUUCGAGACUGUAGCAGUCAAGAUCUUCCCCUAUGAGGAGUAUGCCUCUUGGAAGACAGAGAAAGACAUCUUCUCAGACAUCAACCUGAAGCAUGAGAAUAUCCUCCAGUUUCUCACAGCUGAGGAACGGAAGACAGAGUUGGGGAAACAGUACUGGUUGAUCACUGCCUUCCAUGCCAAGGGCAACCUUCAGGAGUACCUCACCCGGCAUGUCAUCAGCUGGGAGGACCUGCGCAAGUUGGGCAGUUCCCUUGCCCGGGGCAUCGCCCACCUCCAUAGUGACCACACACCAUGUGGGAGACCUAAAAUGCCCAUCGUGCACAGAGAUCUCAAGAGCUCCAACAUCCUCGUGAAGAAUGAUCUGACCUGCUGCCUCUGCGACUUUGGGCUUUCCCUGCGUCUGGACCCUACUCUGUCUGUAGAUGACCUGGCCAACAGUGGGCAGGUGGGAACUGCAAGAUACAUGGCCCCAGAAGUCCUGGAAUCCAGGAUGAACUUGGAGAAUGUUGAGUCCUUCAAGCAGACCGAUGUUUACUCUAUGGCUUUGGUGCUCUGGGAAAUGACAUCUCGCUGUAAUGCUGUGGGAGAGGUAAAAGAUUAUGAGCCUCCAUUUGGUUCCAAGGUGCGGGAGCACCCUUGUGUUGAGAGCAUGAAGGACAAUGUGUUAAGAGACAGAGGACGACCAGAAAUUCCCAGCUUCUGGCUCAACCACCAGGGCAUCCAGAUGGUGUGUGAGACACUGACAGAGUGCUGGGACCACGACCCAGAGGCGCGUCUCACGGCCCAAUGUGUGGCGGAACGCUUUAGCGAGCUGGAGCACCUGGACAGACUCUCCCGGAGGAGCUGCUCGGAGGAGAAGAUUCCCGAAGAUGGCUCGCUGAACACUACCAAAUAGCUCUUCGGGGAAGGUGAGGCCCAGUCCAAAGAGGCCACCCCUCUCACCAAAGAACAGAGGGAGCAAGAAGCUGCCCCUGAACUGAUGCUUCCUGGAAAACCAAGGCUCACUUCCUCCCUAUAAGCUGUGUGAUGAGCAGAAACAGCAGCAGCAGGGAGAGGUGACAGAAAGCAUUCUAUGCCUUUGACUUUGUCAUGGGAUAAGCUGUGUUAGCACUUCCUCAGGAAAUGAGAUUGAUUUUUACAAUAGCCAAUAACAUUUGCACUUUAUUAAUGCCUGUAUAUAAAUAUAAAAUAGCUAUGUUUUAUAUAUAUAUAUCUAUAUAUGUCUAUAUCUAUAUCUAUAACUAUAUCUAUAUCUAUAGCCAUACUCUGAAAAGAGACAAAGAAAAAAGAUCAAAUAUUCCCAGGAAAAUUGGUUUUAUUGGAGAGCUCCAGAACCUGGCAGAGAAGGCAAGGAUUCAUGACAGCAUUAGCACUUGACAAUCACACAUGCGAUGAUUCUCUGUCCAUUUUAUGGGGGAGAACUUUGCAUUAGGAGAGUGGAUCCCCAUCUCAGAGCCAUGCUGCACUAGCUUUUGCAAUAGUAAUUCCUUUCAGGAUAGUUCUUUUCUGGCCAUGGAGCUAAGUAUAAUCGCACUGUUUGGGGACCAGUAUUCCUGAGGUUCCUGUGUGCCUUUGUUCCUCUUGGACUUUUUGCUUCACCUCCAAGCCCUGCAUCUGACUUGUGAACCUCUUUCCUCAACCAAGUUCACAAACUCAGCCCCAACUAAUAGUUAAAAUGCUUUAAAUCUCAUCUUUUCUUUUCACAGGCAGUGGAAAAAUCAGAAAGACACAUUUCCCCACCCAUCAUGGAAUUGCCACACAGUCUACUAAUAAGAUUGUUCUUUUAAAUUUUCUCACUUUGCCAAUGUUACUAUUGUCCACACCAGGCCUUCAUCCUUUUCUAAAAUGGAAUGAACUCCCCAACUGGUGGGGCUCAUUGUAUUUAAAUGUUUUGUCACACUUGACCCGAGUCUACAGUUUCUAUGCAAACACUAACAUGAUGCAUCUUUCUUACCUCCCGAAUGCACAUUCUGCCCUGGUGGAAAGGAUUUAAACUAUACAAUCCUGUCACUAUCAAGACUGUGUCCUCCAGACUUUCUGAACAAAUGUUUUGCUUGAUUAACACAGUGUUUAAAAGAGUUGAGCCACUUUUUAAAUAUUUGGAGAUUUUGCAGAAAAAUCUGGAUCCCACAUAAGGAUAGCAAAUGGUUUCCAGGUCUCUCCAGGCCACAUUGCUUACAAAGUGAAGGCAGACUGUCUUCAAAAGCUGCUGCACUUCUCUCUGUAAACAUUUGUGCUUCCCAUGCCUGUCACCACCCCUUACUAAGGGCCCGUGUAAAAAACAUGCAUUCAAGGGUUCAUUCUAUGGCAGUGUAAUAGGAUUUUAACUAUCUUAUCUGGUGUUAAAAUUUGAAAUUCACCUUCUGUUGGAUUACAGGGGACUUCCUGUAUAUUCACCUCAUUAACCAAGUCUCUUUUGCUUAUAUGCUAAGAAUUUUCCCCUCUGUCUUAGGGAUGAAAAGUCUUAACUCCAAGAAGCUUUCUUCCUGGUUACAGAUCUCUGUAUUAUGUCACCCUUCCCAGCCUUUGCAGAAAUUACUCUUGUGGACUUGGAUGUAGGACAUCGAAGUCCCAUUUGCAGUUAGGAAAUCUGGGUCCAUGUGGACAAGAGCAAAAGAUGAGCUUUAAUACUCCAUAGGAAACUUGUUAACACACAAACAAGUGUUAAUGCUGCAAGCAUCAAUCUUUUCAAAAAAAUGUUUUUGAAGCUACUUAUUUCCCACCAAAUAGGAAUAUGAGAGAAGGAUUGGCAGGAGCCAUAUAAGGUCUGUUUGCAAUGUGGAAGGUCUUAUCUCAUUUAGGUUUUAGGACAUAUGCUGAACAGGGGACGGAAUUUCUAGGCACCCUUCUAAGUGUGGUUGGGGAGAAAGUGAAGGGUUGUUUUCCUGCAGUGCCACAGAAGCACCCAGAAAUUCCACUUGCACCUUAGGACUUGCUGAUGCCAUCCCAAUAGCUGUUGCUCAUUGACCUCUAGUGGUGAACUGCUAGAAUACUGCUCCAUCGAUGGGAUAGUCCAUGAUUUAAGAGGCUUCUCAUUUCCUGGUCAUCGUCAGCAGAAACUGGAAUGUAAUGUCAGGUGAUAACUGUGGGUUGUUUUGUUUAUGUUUUUUUCUUAUUCAAGAAAAAAGACCAAGGAAUAACAUUCUGUAGUUCCUAAAAAUACUGACUUAUGUUCACUACUAUGCACAAAGGAAAAGUUUUAUUCUUUUACGGAACACUUCAGCUGGACUCAUGUAUUAAAA